AAGGAUGCUUGACUUGUCGAAUCAGAAAGAAAAAAUGUCCCCUUGAAAGGGCUCCCGACAGUACAUGUUUGGAAUGCCAUCGACUUCAGUUACUCUGCGGAGGAUUCGGAUCCGUCAUUCCUCCUGUUCUAAAGGACAAGCGGAUGCUUGAGUUGUUCAAAGCUAGCCUUCGACGUGAUCAACUUCACUCUGGCUCAGGUUUUGCAGCAACCUUGCUGUUUCCUGGGCCGAUGGGGUUUCUUUCCGUUACAAAUGAAGCUGGCAUGCCUCCGCCACCAGUCCAAUCGACCGCUGAUGAAGGCUCACAUCAACUCGUACUACAAAUGCCUCCGUUUAUGUGAUUCACCUCUCAGAUUGUAGUACCCAUACGGCUCAUUUCAUUCCGUCUUGUCUGAUCAUCCUCGACUCCAUCAGGCUUCACCAGGGGUGCACCAUUUUAUGGCACAUCCACAUUUAUUCAGCUUAUCUGGGACACAUUUCUCCUCCGCUCACUUUUUCCGUCCGAGGGGCAUGUUUGGUUUUGCGUUUGUUUUGGCUCAUGAUGAUCCUGUUUUCUGGGUUUUUUUUUUUUGUUCGAUGGCCUGGAUCGGUUUGACGAGGGCUCGACUCAUUUAUGUAGUCUAAUGGACUCGUCGCGCCGGCAUCAAAAUAAUACGUAUUCAUUUCCGC